CCAGAGGGAUGGUGGUAGUCACGGGGCGGGAGCCAGACAGCCGUCGCCCGGACGGUGCCAUGUCCAGCUCCGACGCCGAGGACGACUUUCUGGAGCCCGCCACCCCGACGGCCACGCAGGCGGGGCACGCGCUGUCCCUGCUACCCCAGGAGUUUCCUGAGGUUGUUCCCCUUAACAUUGGAGGGGCUCACUUCACCACACGCCUGUCCACCCUGCGGCGCUACGAAGACACCAUGCUGGCAGCCAUGUUCAGUGGGCGGCAUUACAUCCCCACCGAUGCGGAGGGCCGGUACUUCAUUGACCGGGACGGCACGCACUUUGGAGAUGUGCUGAAUUUCCUGCGCUCUGGGGACCUGCCGCCCCGGGAACGUGUGCGGGCUGUGUACAAAGAGGCCCAGUUCUAUGCCAUCGGGCCCCUCCUGGAGCAGCUGGAGAACAUGCAGCCACUGAAGGGGGAGAAAGUGCGCCAGGCAUUUCUGGGACUCAUGCCCUAUUACAAAGACCAUUUGGAGCGGAUUGUGGAGAUUGCCCGGCUACGCGCAGUCCAGCGGAAGGCCCGCUUUGCCAAGCUCAAGGUCUGUGUCUUCAAGGAGGAGAUGCCCAUCACCCCCUAUGAGUGUCCACUUCUCAACUCUCUGCGCUUUGAACGGAGCGAGAGUGAUGGGCAGCUAUUUGAGCACCACUGUGAAGUGGAUGUGUCUUUUGGGCCCUGGGAGGCUGUGGCUGAUGUUUAUGACCUGCUGCACUGCCUGGUCACAGACCUGAGAGCCCAGGGCCUUGUCGUGGACCACCAGUGCAUUGGGGUGUGUGACAAACACCUCAUCAACCACUACUACUGCAAGCGCCCCAUCUAUGAGUUCAAGAUCACGUGGUGGUGAGUAGUCCUGGUAGGGAAUAGAGCCCCUUCAGGGAGGGUGUCCAUUCCCCUUAGUGGCUCUGGGAGUCAGAUCCCUGGAAGGGCUCCUGACUGCCCCGGAACCUGCUGAGGUGAGGACUGAGCCCGGAGGCACAGCUCCAAGUGGACGGAGGUGCAGCUCUAGUCUCCCCUGCUAUUCCUUGGGGUCGGGCUCAGGGCUUGUGGCCCACAGGAUCCUUGGUACCUGAACUUACCUGGCCUCUCCUCCAGGCAGGGUAGUCUUUACCUGAGGCCAAUGGGUCUGGCUAGCUUGGGCUUGGCCAGGAAGUCCAGAGAGGUUUUGUUACUUUCUUGACUUUGCAAGAGAGUUUCUGCCCUUUUUAGAGCCACAUUACCAAAAUAAUAUAGGCACAGUCACUUCCUCAGCCCUGUGCCGGCGUUCCUUCCUUGUGCUCAGUGUAUAGGUGUGAACAUGGAACAUGCUGGGGGAUUUUAUCCAGACAGCCACUCCACAGUCUCUGGCUGAAAAAGGAGCACCUUCUCUCCCUCCUUCCCCAAGAAGAGUCCCCUACUUUGUUUGAAGAUGUGAAAAGACUCUUUCCCCCCAAAAUGUAUUCUUCGCCACUUUUUGGAGAUGUAACCAUAGUUACCAAAACUAUGCACCGGGUUGGCCUUAGAAAAGCACAAUGUUUACAGCCCUGCUUUGGGCCUUGGCUUCUAUCUUCCACCAACCUUCCUUGCUCGCAGGGUUAUCUUCUCACAGGGCUGGAUUAUAAAUUUGAGAGGCGCCUUUUGAAGAUUCUCUAAGUCAAGCAGGCAAGGGGUCUGCAUCUGUUAUCUUUGAGAUGUCACAUCCUUUCUGGAGGCUCAGAAUACCUCUUGGGCUGCCAUUUCAUCUGUCAGGAUCCAGGUUGUGGUGAACCCUUGGAUGGGAGCCCCCUCUUUUAAAAAAAUAUUUUUUAUGUUUUAAUUACAGUUGACAUAUUUUAUUAUAUUAAUU